AUGGCGGAUGCACCAACUUGGAACUCCAACCUCCAUUCCUUGCUUUCCCUCUCUUUUGAAUUUCUGAUUAAGAUUAGUGAAAAGUUUGGACAGUGUAACAACCAAAAUGUUUAUGCAGAUAAUGAAGAUGAUGGACAGCAGCAGUCAGAAUCACAAGUGCAGUCCCCAUCUGCGAAUGGAAUUUCUGAUUCUGGUAUUAGUACCCAGAAUCUCAAUGUACAGUAUGCAACACCUGGACAGCUUGGAACUGGGCAUGCAAUGGUACCACCUGUGUAUCCAUAUCCAGAUCCUUACUAUAGAAGCAUCUUUGCUCCUUAUGAUACUCAAUCUUAUCCCCCGCAAGCCUAUAGUGGACAGCCAAUGGUCCAUCUUCAGUUAAUGGGAAUUCAGCAAGCUGGUGUUCCUCUGCCAACUGAUGCAGUUGAGGAGCCCGUGUUUGUCAAUGCAAAACAAUAUCACGGUAUAUUGAGACGUAGACAAUCCCGUGCAAAAGCUGAAUCAGAAAAUAAAGCUAUAAGGAAUAGGAAGCCAUACUUGCAUGAAUCUCGACACAUGCACGCACUGAGAAGACCAAGAGGAUGUGGUGGUCGGUUUCUGAAUUCAAAGAAAGAAGAGAAUCAGCAUAAUGAUGUUGCAUCAGCUGAUAUAUCACAAUCGAAUAUCAAUCUCAAUUCUGAUAAAAAUGAUCACACGUCGUCAGAUAGGACAUCCUAA